CCCGGCCCGGCCCGGCCUCCUCCUCCCCCUCCCCUCGGCCCCCUCCCAAACAACGGCCCCGACGCGCCUCAGGUUUUGAUGCCGCGCUAGCCUCGUUCCCAUACCAGGAUGGCCAAACUCUCCGACGCCCCUCUGUCCUUAUCCGACUGCCAGUGCCAGAUAUGUACGGAAAUCCUCAUAGAACCGGUCACCCUGCCCUGUAACCACACGCUCUGCAGAUCGUGUUUCCAGUUAACGGUGGAGAAGGCCAAUCUGUACUGCCCGUUCUGUCGCCGGCGGGUCUCUACCUGGGCCCGCUACCACGCCCGCAGUAACACGCUGAUCGACUCGGAGCUCUGGGAGAGGAUUCAGAAGAACUAUCCCGAGGAAUGCCGAAGGAGAGCCAGCGGGCAGGAAACACAGCCGGAAGUUGAUUCACGUCAGCCCGAACGAAGGUUAAGCAAACCCGGAGAAUUGAGGCAGGAAUAUGAAGAGGAGAUCAGCAAGGUGGAGGCAGAGCGGCGAGCCUACGAAGAAGAGGAGAGAAAGGCCAGUGCAGAAUACAUUCGGAGACUCCUAAAAGAGGAGGAGGAGGAAGAACAAAGACAAGCGGAACAGAGGCGAAGGGAAAUGGAGAAACAGUUGAAACAAGAUGAAGAGAUUGCACGUCAAUUGAGCAUCAACCUGAACAAGCCCAAGAAUGAGGGAAGUGUCACGAGCUCUCCUUGGACUCCCAAACAAGCUGAUCUGACUACACCGAAGGCUCGGAAGACAGGCAAGAACAAACCAAGCAGUGAUGGAGACAUUCAAAAGUAUCUGUCGCCCAAAUCCCAAAGUUCCUCUGUUCCGGCCUUGCAGUCUGAUCCCGCAAAGGAAGGCACGAGUAGCUCCACGUCACAGGACCACGGCGGCGAUAAUACAGCUAGCCCAGGGUGGCAGGAAGAAGAGGAGGAAGAGGAGGAGGAGGAGGAGGAGGAGGAAGGAAUGCCUACAUUAUCUCCACAAACGUUCCUCGGAGUUCAGGACAGAAACAGUACGGAUUCUCCUGUAGACUCACCUAUGCCUCAGUUACGUGCCUUUAGCGCGGCGGAGUGUCUCGAGGGAGAGCGUGAACGGAUGCCAGGCCAUCCCGGUCAGAGCCCGAGCACCGACGCGAAAGCCGAGGUGGGAUCUCCUCCCGCGGGGGCGGCCGAGCCCGCUGCCGAAACGGACAACGGACCCACGCCGAGCCGUCCGGCGCGGACGAGGGCGCGCCGCCCCGGGGAGGCCGACAGCGGAGAGACGAGGCAGCCCGUCGCCAAGGACGCCUUGAAAAGAAAAGACCAGGGGUUGCCUCCCGGAACAGCCGACGACGUGCCUUCCUCUGGGAAGAAAAGGAAAACCUGCCCGGAAGCCGCCGCGGACCAAGAGGAAACACAGAGCAGCCUCGCCCGGAAACUGGUGGACUUAGAGCGCCUGCUGUUUGAGCGGCAUAAGCAAGAGGAGGAGGAUCGGUUACUGGCCUUGCAGCUGCAGAGAGAAGUGGAUAGAGAGCAGCAGCUGAACAGGCAGAAAGGCUCUCCGGACGAAUAUCUCCUCCGCACCAAACCGCCCGCGUCUCGAGACGAACCGAUGAACGGGCAGAGGAGUCGUUCCAGAGAAAGGGGCUCAAAGAGACAGAACGGAGCCGAGCACCAGAAGCCGUGGAGGGGCCCUAAGGAUGAAAAUUGGCAACCUCCUCCGAAGAGCCAGUUGAAACCGGGAGGGAAGGUGCCGGGUUCUGUGCGGAACAACCGUAACUUAUCGAAAGAUGCCCAGUCACUCCGGCCUUGCAACUCGCAAAAAAAAAUAUUUCAGAUGUUUCAGAGAUCUGCAAAGUGAUGAGUAGGGAGUAAGGAGUAAAUUUCCUGUUACAACGCUCUGUCCCGUGCCACUCCCAAGUCCUCUUUCCCGGCGGGAUCGGUGGCGAGCGCUGCGUCUUCGCCAUUCAAGGGACCCGACGGGAUAGAUGCGUCGACGGGGUUUGGGGGCCGGUCCGGGUCGGUCUCCGGCUUCCGGUGUGGGACGGUCCUGGUCUGAAAGUUGUCGUAUUUCCCGGUCGGGUCCGUGGCCCUUCCCACCAUCCUCUCCCGCUUGCGUAAUCGGCUCACCCGGUCCCCGACCCGUGCUUAACUAAGGGAGAAGAGGAAAACGUAUUUUUCCCCUUUCGCUUCUCCAAACGUCCAGUUGCACUUUAGCUUCACUCUUACUGCCACGAAAUGUCCUGAACUACUUCCCACUCCCUUCCCAUUAUUCGUGAGAACCGUAAGUAAUUCCAGAGCAGAGGGCCAAUCAGUUGAGCCAGAAUAUUCUUUCUAGGUAAAAACUAUUAUUCCGGACAGCUUUGGCCAAAUAACGUUAUCGGUGGGAUCCGGUCAGUGCUACGGGGCAAAGACCUUCAAUGCACAUGCGUGGGCUUACGUGUUGGAAUAUGGUUUUUCAUUCUGAGGGAACACCCCGAGUUGAAAUUCGAAAGGGUCGAACCGCAGGGCUCGCGUCUCCUCGAAACAUCAAGAGGUUACCCUCGAGGUUCAUUCGCGCUUAUGAAACAGAGCCGAGUUUAAUCGGAAACUUUAAAUAAGAGGCAGAUCCCCUCAAAAGUCCUGACCUUUAGUACACUGGCGUAGUCGGAUGAGGGUUGAGAGAGCCUAGUAAGGGAAAAGCCGCUUGACGUCGCAAAUCACUCGUGGUUUUACGGACGAUGGAGCCUGGAGGUGGUGGAGUGGGGAAAGCCCGGAGUAAAACGCUCGAGACCUGGUUGAUUAGCAGCAGAAAGAUUCUUCCAACCAGUCCGUGGUUUACUCUCAUUAACCCAGCUGCUGAUUUCUUUUUCCUGUGACCUUUCAGACCACCUUCAGAAGCCAGCGGGUCAGUUACCGGUCUUGGGAUUGUAAAGGCAGCCAGGAAAAUGGAAAACCAACUUUCGAGCUGGGGAGAGCGAAGAGGGAUGAGCAGUGGGAGGGGGAGAAAGAGAGAGAGGUUGCUAAGUAGCCUCUGAUGCUUGCCUGGUUGUCUGGUUGUAUUAUCUGGGGAAGAUUCAGUUUCGGUGUGGAAAGGCACCUCAAACGAUGAGUUGGCUUUGUUUUUUUUUGUGUGUGUGUGUGUGUUUGCUGUAUAAAAAUUAAGUCUAAAAUGAGACUGGAGCAGUGAUAUUAAGAAAUCUUUACCCACGGCAUGUUCCAGGUUUUGUUAAGUAUUCCGUGUGUGAUGGCACAUUUAAGUAAUAAAGUUAAAUGUCAAUCCAA